CUAAAUGCGGAAGUGAUGUUGUGAACUAAUAAUAGAUUCUUGGAGGUGUUCCCCAAACCAUUAGCAGUGGGAUCAGAGUUGCCGAUCUUCUGGCGGCUGAAAAUGCACGGAAGACUGAAAGUGAAGACGACUGCAGAGCAGCAAGAAGCUAAGAGGAAGGAAAGAGAAAAGAAACUAAAGAUUUACAAUGCAGCCGUCCAAAAAAUAUCUGUAAAGCGCCAACAGCAGGAAUACGAUGAAGAAGCCCUCCACAUUACUGCUGAAAUUCUGACCUCCAAUUCUGAUUUCUACUCUCUGUGGAACUACAGGAAAGAAAUCUUCAAACAUUUCGGGGAAGAGAAAUCCGAGGAAGAGCUCCAGACACUAUACCAGCAGGAGCUGUACUUCUUGGAGGCAUGUCUAAAGGGCAACCCGAAAUCGUACGGCACGUGGCAUCAUCGCUGCUUCGUCCUUGACAACAUGCCGAAACCGGACUGGGAGCGGGAACUACAGCUCUGCAACCAGUUCUUAGAGUAUGAUGAGAGGAACUUUCAUUGCUGGGACUACCGAAGGUUUGUUGUGUCGAGGUCUAAAGUGUCACUGGAAUCAGAGUUUGAAUUCACAACAACCAAAAUCAGCAGCAAUUUUUCCAACUACUCGUCUUGGCAUUACCGCAGCAAGUUACUACCGGCCAUCUUCCCUGACCCAAACCAGCCCCGGCUAGUCCAGGAAAACCAGAUGCUGCAAGAACAUGAAACAGUCCAGAAUGCAUUUUUCACCGACCCUGAUGACCAGAGUGCAUGGUUUUACCACAGGUGGCUGCUGGGAAGGGGAGAGACGUCACAGCAGAUAUGUCAGAUGUACGUCUCCAGAGAAGCCAGCCGGGUCAUUGUCUCCCUCGCCAAACAUAUACAGGUUGUUGAGUUAGAGACAACCUCAUUCUGGAUUGAGAGUGAAUGGAUCACUAUCCCUGUAAGAGUAGAGCACAUGGACUGUCAGAUGAAUCAAAGGACAAAAUUUCCAGAUUGUGUAGAAAGUGGUUUUAGUUCGGAGCUGAGCUCUGCGACUAGUGACGUGAUGAAGAGAGAGCUUGAUGCUGUCAGGGAGCUGUACAGUCUCGAACCAGAGAAUAAAUGGGUCCUCCUCACCAUCGUCCUCCUGAUGAAGUCUCUGUGUCCUGUCCUGUACAAGGACGAGAUCCUGGAGCAUCUGCAGCAACUACAGAACCUCGACAACAAACGGCGUAACUACUGGUAUAUCAACUGCUAUUGUUGUCUCUCAGCCCUGAGGAGUAAGAUGCUGAUCGAGAUAGCCAUAGACACUAUUAAAGGCAAGCUUGAUGAUGUUUUGGACUUGUCCAAUCAAGGCCUGACAACACUCGUACAUCUAGAGUUACUUCCCCUUAUUCGGGAAGUGAAACUCUCCGACAACAGCUUAGACAGCUUUCACAACUUCCAGUAUUUGCAGUGUUUAGAGAAGUUGAACAUCAGCGGGAACCAGAUAACAUCUUGUGAGGGGCUCAACUUCCUGCCAGAGUUAUCUGAACUUGACCUACGGAAUAAUAGUAUUUCCUCCAAAGAGGCUCUUGAGGCGCUGCUGACAUGCCCCAAGUUGAAGGUCGUCCACCUCUCAGGGAACCCGGUUCGCCCAUGACGAUGGCGCUAUGAAUGGUAUCAGGGCCAUGUUCCCAUCAGUGACGCUC